AUGGCUUUUCUCGACGAUAUAAGCCCCUACCAAGGGUGGCCGGAUGACGAAAAGGAUCGACUGUGGCAAGACAUGUACAGCAAGGGAAUGGCUGUUCGGAUUGAUGAGGACUCUGCCAGCAGACUCAUCAACAAGACGGAGCACGCUCCGGUAGCUGGCAUGGAGGAUGAUUACGUUGUUGGACUCGACGUAUUUCACCAAUUGCACUGCCUAAAUAUGAUUCGGCAGUCCAUUUACCCCAAGCGCUACAAUUCAUCCAUUAUCCGGCAAGACGGAACGAUUGACUUUUUGGCUUGGUCACAUCUAGAUCACUGCAUAGAAGCGAUACGCGAGUCGCUUACCUGCUCCGCCGACGUCAGCGCCGUCCCGUACCGGUGGCAUCCAGAGACCAAAAUCGCCGAGCCGGACAUUCGGAGCGUGCACGUGUGCCGCAACUUUACAAAGAUUCGCGACUGGGCGUUUGAGCGGUUCGUGCCCAUGACGAGCAAGAGGAUGCACGUCGAGGACGGCAUCGUCGUGGAUUAUUCCGGCGCCGGGCGAGACCCGGAGCUGGUCCUGGCACAGAAAUUGGCUAAUCCGGGCGCGCACUGGAACAAGACGGUGCAUGAUUUGUAG